UACUUCAAUACAAGUGAUAACAACCUGCUGUACUGGGGCCUGGAUUAUCCACCUCUUACUGCCUACCACAGUCUUGUGUGUGCUUACAUUGCAAAGUUAAUAAAUCCUGAUUGGAUUGCUCUGCACACAUCUCGGGGGUAUGAGAGUCAGCCACAUAAGUUAUUUAUGCGUACAACAGUGAUUGUUGCUGAUUUGCUGGUUUAUAUUCCUGCAGUUAUCUUGUAUUGUUUUUCCUUGAAAGAAACAUCGACUAAAAAGAAGGUCUCCAGUGCUCUCUGCAUACUGCUUUAUCCAGGCCUCAUUCUUAUUGACCAUGGACACUUUCAAUACAACUCAGUGAGCCUGGGCCUUGCCUUGUGGGGUGUUCUGUAUUUGUCUUACGACUGGGACCUUCUGGGGUCAGUGGCCUUUUGCUUGGCCUUGAAUUACAAGCAAAUGGAACUCUACCAUUCCCUGCCCUUUUUUUGCUACUUGCUUGGCAAGUGCUUCAAGAAGGGACUGAAAGGAAAGGGAUUAGUAUUGCUAACUAAGAUAGCAGGGACAGUGGUGGUUUCCUUCGCUGUCUGCUGGCUCCCGUUCUGUACCGACAUGGAACAAAUCAUGCAAGUACUUGACCGAGGCUUGUUUGAGGAUAAAGUAGCCAAUAUUUGGUGCAGUCUAAGUGUCCUUAUAAAGAUAAAGAAUAUAAUAUCACCUCAAACUCAACUAAAACUCAGUUUUGCUGUAACGUUCCUGAGCCUGCUGCCUGCAUGUAUAAAGCUCACAGCCCAGCCUUCUAUCCGAGGAUUUAAGUUUGCUUUGGUUAGUUGUGCAUUGUCAUUUUUCCUGUUCUCCUUUCAAGUACAUGAAAAAUCUAUUCUUCUAGUGUCAGUACCAGUCUGCUUAAUCAUAAAUGAAAUCCCUUUUAUGGCCACAUGGUUUUUACUUGUGUCAACGUUCAGCAUGCUGCCUCUGCUGCUGAAAGAUGGCCUGCUGCUGGCCUACACUGUGACCAUGCUGGCGUUCCUCUCAGUCUGCACCACUUCCUUUUCCAUAUUUGAGAAGACGUCAGCAGAGGACCUGCAGCUGAAGCAGUUCUCCCUUUCCCUGAAGGGAUAUGUUUCUUGGUUUAAAUCCUUUCCCAAGAUUGUCAGGACGCUGUUCCUUCUGUCCAUAACCCUCAUGGCUGUCCUGUCUCUGAUGAGUGCCACGGUGCAUCCCCCACAGAGGUUACCGGAUUUAUUCCCUCUAUCUGUAUCUGUUCUCUCUUGCUUACAUUUUGUAUUAUUUUUGGUGUAUUUUAAUGUUGUUAUUCUCUGGGACUCAAAAAAUAGUAGAAGUCAGAAGAAAAUCAGUUAA